CCUCUUCAGUCGGGGACCAACCGGCGCGCCAUACACACGCCUCACGCCCUCUCGCGGACUAUCCGAAGAACGCGAUACUUAUCUCUUAUCAUCAUAACGCACUUAUAAAAAAUGAUACAUCGAAUUACCUCACGAGUGCCCUGAUAACACGGUACUGUGAUAAGGCGUAAACGAUUUGAUUUAGUUGCAAUUUUGUUAGUCAUUUAAAAUACUAAGAAAAUUCGUGUUGUUUAUUAUUGCAAAACUUAAGUUAUCAGUUAGUGCAGUCAAAUGUUUUUGUGAGAUAUGUUAUUAAGACUGUAAACAAGCCGUUUCUUUGUCUUUAGUUAGUUAUUAACAAUGUUCAAGAUAUUGAUAGUUUUUCCGCUAAUUUUACUGUGCAGUGUGAACUGUGAACCGUGUAGGAGAGUUGAGAGUGUGAACAUUACAUAUGGUGAACAGUUUGAAAACAAUUCAAUAUUCUACGAUGGGGUGGAGUAUGCCGAAGGCUCGUGGUACGAAGUUGAAGAAAACAACGCGACUGUUAGGCUCGGGUGUCCAUGUAUUGGACGCACUUGCCUAUGGAAGUGUUGUCCUAGCGGUCAACUCUUCAUCAAUGGACAAUGCACGGACUAUGACUUAAAGGAACUCAACCCCUUCAGUCCGCAGAUAUUCAAAGAUAUGGAAAACCUGGAUAUAAGAGCACAUGAGCAUUUCUUUUAUAUGUACAACAAUAAGCUGUGUGAUUCUCGGUAUUUGGUGGACUCGAUGUGGGGCGAAGGAAUUUACAUUCAACAGAACGGCAGUAUGAUGGAGGACGUCGAAGGCCGCGUGCAGUGGCACAAGCCAGGCUACUUCUGCGUGGACAUCAUGGUCACGGAUAACAAUAGUCGCCUAAUCGCUGGUCCAUGCCACCCUUCUGAAGUCCCUAUCGACGACGACAGCAAAACGUUGUACGUCAUGUAUGCUUCAGGUCUCCUAUUAUCGGCUCCAUUCCUUCUGGUCACGUUUUUGGUGUACGCGUUCAUCCCGGAGCUGCGGAACCUUCACGGGAUGUGCCUCAUGGCGUACUGCGCGGGACUUAUCGUGGCGUACCCCUUCUUGGCGUACCUUAAGAUGCACAGCGGGACUGUGGGCGUGGGCAAGACGGGCUGCGUUGUGAUAGCUUUCAUCGUGUACUACGCUUUUCAAUCCAGCUUUUUCUGGCUCAACGUGAUGUGUUUUGACAUUUGGCGGACAUUCAGAUCGGCCACUCCGAUUCCGUCCAGUACCGGAAACUCUCUGGGCUACCGAGGAGGCAGCAGUAAGAAGCAGCACGAGCAACGACGGUUCGCCAUGUAUGGACUGUACGCGUGGGGAGUGCCGUUGGUGCUCACCGCUCUUACCGCCUUCAUGCAGUUCGGGCAUCUGCCGAACUACAUCUUGAAGCCGGGACUGGGGGAUAUGAAGUGCUGGUUUGAAGAUUGGAAACGCGACCUCAUGUAUUUCUUCACACCAGUCCUGGUGUUGGUGCUGUGCAACACUGUUCUGUUCUCUGUGACUGCUCACCGCAUCCGCUCCAUCAAGCAGGAGACCGCCAUCUUGAAGAGCUCGGAGUCGGCCAGGAGCGACCGCCUUAAGAAGGAUAAACAAAGGUACGGGCUAUACCUGAAGCUGUUCAUGGUGAUGGGCGUGAACUGGUUGGUGGAGCUCAUCAGCUUCGCCGUGGGCGGAUCCAACUGGUACUGGGUCGUCGUGGACCUGUCCAACGUCAUGCUGGGCUUCUUCAUCUUCUUCAUCUUCGUGUGGAAGAAGAAGGUGCGCAACUUGGUCAGGAAAAGCUGGAACAACUUCUGCGGCACGAGGACAGUCGCAGACGGGCUUGGAAAAUGGGCAACCCGGACUAGUUCGGCACCCACUGAAGAAACCCGAGUAUCGACCGACGAGACCGCGAUGCGGAUGAAAGAGCUCCACUAACUAUGACAGAACCGGACGACAUGCCGUUAUCAAAGCCAAAGAAUUCUCAGAAUAAAUUCACGUCUGUAGUAAUAUAUAGUU